AUGAGUUCUCAACCGAUCGGCCUGACUACAAUUCCGAGGUUGCUGCUGUACUACGCAUUUCUCAGUCUGAGAGUGGUUGGCGAACGCCUAAAAGACGAGCACUAUCUCGGAGAGAACUCUUCUAAGCCCGGGGCCGACACAAAGUCACUCAAUGCGAAUAAGCUAUACCUUGCGUCACGGUCGCACACCAACUUCGCCGAGAAUGUGCCGCUGGCAUUUAUCCUUGCCUCGCUUGUGGAGCUCAAUGGAGGCAGCCGUAGGACUCUGAGCUGGCUUCUUGGUAGCUUCUUGGUCUUCCGUGUGCUGCAUGCGGAGCUAGGCAUCAUGCAAUCCCAGGGCAUGGGAUAUGGCAGACCUGUCGGCUUUUUCGGCAGCAUAGGUGUGGUUGGCACGUUGGCCGCCUAUGGAGCAUUUUUAGUCAAAGGAUACUGGGGAUAUUGA